ACUCGCGGCCCGAGGUGGCCCUGGCGCUGAGGUGGUUUCCUGCGGGUCUGCCCGUCGUAGGUCCCAGUUCCAGGCGGCACCCAGUGGAUACCCAGGCGCUGCCGCUCCCCCGCCCGACCCGGAAAGGCAUUGACUGGCGCAACUUGGAAGAAUUCGACCAUCUCCUCGGAGACUUGAAUGUUAAGUUUCUGUAAACCAAAAAACCAGUUCUCUCACCUUUGGAGCAAUGCUGAAAUUCCAAGAGGCUGCCAAGUAUGUGAGUGGAUCAAGGGCCGUUCCCACUUAUCCAAAGGCCUUGGUUGCAAGAAGGUAUGUGCUGCAAUGGAAGCUUGGCAGUGGAAGCUUUGGAACCGUCUACCUGGUUUUAGACAAGAAAGCCAAACGAGGGGAGGAAUUAAAGGUAUUGAAGGAAAUCUCUGUGGGAGAACUCGAUCCAAAUGACACUGUGCAGGCCAAUUUGGAGGCCCAGCUCCUUUCCAAGCUGGACCACCCAGCCAUUGUCAAGUUCCACGCCAGCUUUGUGGAGCAAGAUAAUUUCUGCAUCAUCACGGAGUACUGUGAGGGCCGAGAUCUGGACUGUAAAAUUCAGGAAUAUAAAGAAGCUGGGAAAACCUUCUCAGAAGGUCAAAUAAUAGAAUGGUUUAUCCAGCUGCUGCUGGGAGUUGACUACAUGCAUGAAAGGAGGAUACUUCAUCGAGACUUAAAAUCAAAGAAUAUAUUUCUGAAAAAUAAUCUACUUAAAAUUGGGGAUUUUGGAGUUUCUCGACUCCUGAUGGGAUCCUGUGAUCUAGCCACCACUCUAACUGGAACGCCCCACUAUAUGAGUCCGGAAGCUCUGAAACACCAAGGCUACGACACCAAGUCAGACAUCUGGUCUCUGGCAUGCAUCUUAUAUGAGAUGUGCUGCAUGAAUCAUGCAUUCACGGGCUCCAAUUUCUUGUCCAUUGUUUUAAAAAUUGUUGAAGGCGACACUCCUUCUCUCCCUACGAGAUACCCAAGAGAACUGAAUGCCAUCAUGGAACGCAUGUUGAACAAGAACCCUUCACUGAGACCAUCUGCUAUAGAAAUUUUAAAAAUCCCUUAUAUUGAUGAGCAGCUACAGCACCUGAUUUGUAGAUAUUCGGAAAUGAGCCCAGAAGACAAGAAUUUGAAUUGUCAGAAGGAAACUGCUCAUAUCAUUAAUGCCAUGCAAAAGCAGAUUCACCUGCAGACGCUGCGGGCGCUCUCAGAGGUGCAGAAAAUGACCCCGAGAGAAAGGAUGCGGCUGAGGAAGCUCCAGGCAGCUGAUGAGAAAGCCAGCAAGCUGAAAAAGCUCGUGGAAGAAAAAUACGAAGAAAAUAACAAACGAAUGCAGGAAUUGAGAUCUCGGAACUUUCAGCAGCUAACUGUUGAUGUACUCCAUGAAUCUGAUGGCCCGACUCCAGAGAACCUGCCUGAGUCUCAGCCCAUCCCUUGCCCGGACCUCGGUGCGCUUGAGCCAAGGGUAGAGGACACCAUAGCUGACCUUGGAGAUCGUGGGAUCCCGGAAGACCCGCGUGUAGCUGAGGAGUAUUAUGCUGACACGUUUGACUCCUGUUCUGAAGAGAGUGAGGAGGAGGAAGAAGGAACAGUGCUGGCAGGACUGGAGGCCAAGGUCAGGGACCAGGGACCCCAGCCUGAUUGCAGAGGAAACCAACAGGGAAGUGAAUCUGUCUUGUCUUGGCAGCGCAGUGAUACGGAAUCGCUGGUCAGGUGUUUGGAGAGCGUCCUGGGUGGCACCUCUCUAGACACAAGGACAGUCACCGGCGCAGUUCCAGACGUGUCCCCAGGACCAACAAUUUUCAACAGGGCGAUGGCCGGGACCGAGAUGCAACGCAUGAGGGAGUCCGCCGUGCAGAAGCUGGGAGCAGCAGUGUUUGAGGAGGUCUAUCACUACCUCAAGAGGGCCCGGAGGCAGAGAGCCUGCGAGGCGGAGGUCAGGGCGUCUCUAGAGAAAGUGGUGCCUCGUGCCAGCGACUGUUUUGAAGUCGACCAGCUCCUCUACUUUGAGGAGCAGUUGCUGAUCACCACGGGAGAAGGGCCCACACUUCAGAACCAUCACAAACAGCUGCCAAAAGCAAGCAAGUUCAAGGGGACACAUUUCUGUGAAAAUCCAUCCGACACCUAAGCUGGACUCUAUGGCGGGAGCUGGGCACACAGCUGGAGCCCCCAUCCUUACUUUUCAUUCCUGAGCCAAAGGCAGGCAGAGUCGCAGACACACAGGUCUGCCUGUAUUCGGAGUCCUGGGCCAGUCAGUGUUGUUCCGGCUACACUCUGAGAUGCCCAUAUGGGUCUAGUUUGGCUUCCUGAAGCGCAUUCCCACAAGUGUGCCCUCGGGGCUUCCACUGGGGUAGGACCCCCUGAGCAUGGCCUGGGAGGAGCCCUCUGCUCUUUACCAUUUCCACCUGGAGGACAGACUCUGUGCCUCUGCCUGGUCUCUGGGGACUGUGGCCAGCCUGCCCUUGAGGGUUGUUGGACACUGGCCUCUGACACACUGAGCUGCUGCCCAGGAGUCAGACAUGCCUGUCUCAGGGGACCUGUUUUGGGUCCACUUUUGUGUUUCCAUAGGCCAACAAGCAAGAAGUGCCUAGGUAUAGGGAUUCUUUCCUAUGAUUUAUUCCCCAGACUCAUCCAUGGAGUACUGAAGAUUCUUAUUCUUAAUAAGUAGAUUUUCCAUUCAAAUAAAACAAAAUCACCUAUUUUA